ACUCCUCCACCUACAGCCGUAGACGCGCGUAAAGUUUGUAUUCUUGCAAAAAAAAUUAUAAUUUACUUGAAAUUUAAUAUUUUUUUUACUUUUAUACGUUUCCUUAAUUUUAAAAGUGUAAUAGUAAUGUUAUUUAAAGUGGAUUUUAUUAAACCGUGAAAAGUUUUGUGAAUGGCAAGUUUUUACAAAUAAGGAAAAGUUAUAGUAAUAUGAACAAUGGACACCUACAACGAAAGCCUCGAACUGAACAAUUCAGAACCUUACCAGCCGUACUACGAGAGACCUGAAACGUAUAUAGUUCCGCUAAUAUUUGCACUGAUCUUUGUUAUCGGAGUAGUCGGUAAUGGGACAUUAGUUGCUGUAUUUAUUAGACAUAAAGCUAUGAGGAAUGUUCCUAACACGUACAUAUUAUCUCUAGCAUUAGCUGAUCUCCUGGUCAUCAUCACUUGCGUGCCCUUCACAUCGAUCGUGUACACACUGGAGUCAUGGCCGUGGGGUUCCACUGUCUGUCGAGUCUCUGAAGCAGCUAAGGACGUGAGCAUCGGAGUCUCCGUGUUUACUUUGACCGCGUUAUCUGCAGAUAGAUAUUUCGCUAUUGUAGAUCCACUGAGAAAACUUCAUGCUACAGGUGGCAGCAAGCGUGCAACACGUCUUACGGUGGCGACUGCUAUCGGCAUUUGGAUAUUGGCAGCGGUUCUUGCUGCUCCUGCCUACAUCGGAUCGUAUCUACGAGCAUUUGUUGUCAACCCUACUACACAGUUCCUAGUCUGUUAUCCGUACCCACCAGAAUGGGGAGAGAAUUAUCCCAAAACAAUGGUACUCGUACGAUUCCUGGUGUAUUAUUCUUUACCAUUGGCUGUUAUUGCAUUAUUUUACAUACUAAUGGCGCGACAUCUAGUGCUCAGUACGCAAAACAUGCCUGGUGAAAUGCAAGGGACACAAAGACAGAUGCGAGCUCGUCGGAAGGUUGCCUUAACAGUGUUGGCAUUUGUUUUAGUCUUUGCAGCUUGUUUUCUGCCAUCUCACGUUUUUAUGAUGUGGUUUUAUUAUUGUCCGACAGCGCAAGAUGACUACAACGGUUGGUGGCAUGCUCUACGCAUAGUAGGAUUCUGUCUAUCAUUUUUAAACAGCUGCGUGAAUCCGAUCGCAUUGUACUGCACAAGUGGUAUCUUUAGGAAACAUUUUAAUAGGUAUCUUCUAUGUCGUUCUGGAUCUACUCACGGCCCGAGAGGAUCUAUGUCUCUAUCAACUUCUAGAAGAUUACACUCCAGUAGGAAAACAAAUAUAAGCAUGGUACCAACACGAACAACCAGUGUUGGUCGCGAGAGCAGCAUUCGACUCUUAAACAACGGCUCAUCGAAGCUCUGAGGAAGGUACAGGGGCUCGCGUAGCGCGGCCAACAACAACACAGAACGCACCAAAGAGAACUAUAGCAAGUGUCUAGUGUAUAAAGCCGACAUUACAGCACCAUUCCCUAAGUGUUGCGAAACUGAGAACGGCGUUAAACAUGUUGAAACCAGAUUGGACGGCAAGGAUGUUAGUAGUACGGAAAGUUUCUAUCUACCGGUCGAUGGCACAUAUCGUUGAUUCUAUACCUUCCUUCCUUACGAUUCUCAGAUUUCUAUGAGCAUCGGUUAUCUUAGUAUACAGUCGAACCUGGAUAAUCAAGAAUCCAAGGGAACGCGAUAUUUUACUCCCUUAAACAUUCUUUCUUACUCGAGUUUUUCGCUUAUGGAAGUCGUCUGUCGGAUCCCAACGAAGACUUGCUUAUAGAGAUUUCUCGCUAAUGCAGGUUUGACUUUAUUAGCAAAAUCAGUUGACUGAAUGCUUAUUUGCCAUCUAAU